AUGUCUACGGGGUUCUCCUUCGGGACCGGCGCGCUGGGUUCCACCACCGUAGCCGCCGGCGGGACUGGCACCGGCGGCGGUUUCUCCUUCGGAACAGGGGCGUCUAGCAACCCUUCUGUGGGCCUCAAUUUUGGAACUCUUGGAAGCACCUCGACUCCAGCAACUACAUCUGCUCCUUCAGGUGGUUUUGGAACUGGGCUCUUUGGAUCUAAGCCUGCCACUGGAUUCACUCUAGGAGGAACAAAUACAGGAAUAGCAUCAGUUAUAACUACAGGAUUAACUCUGGGAACUCCAGCCACUACAUCUGCAUCUACAACAGGUUUCAGUUUAGGAUUCAGUAAACCUGCAGCAUCUGCCACACCAUUUGCUUUGCCUAUUACUUCUACCUCAGCUAGUGGUCUUACCCUUUCAUCUGCUCUGACAUCAACUCCAGCAGCAUCCACAGGAUUUACUCUUAAUAAUUUGGGUGGAACGACAGCCACAACUACGACUGCAUCAACAGGCCUUUCUUUAGGGGGAGCCUUAGCUGGUUUGGGAGGUUCGCUUUUCCAGAGUACGAACACAGCAACAUCAGGUCUUGGACAGAAUGCUUUAAGCUUGGCUUUGGGAACCACAGCAGCUACUUCAACUGCAGGCAAUGAAGGCCUUGGUGGUAUAGAUUUUAGUAGUUCAUCAGAUAAAAAGAGUGAUAAAACGGGAACAAGACCAGAGGACAGUAAAGCCCUGAAGGAUGAAAAUCUACCUCCUGUCAUCUGCCAGGAUGUUGAAAAUCUCCAGAAAUUUGUGAAGGAACAAAAACAGGUGCAAGAAGAAAUUAGUAGAAUGUCUUCAAAAGCAAUGCUUAAAGUACAAGAAGAUAUUAAAGCUCUAAAGCAGCUUCUGUCAUUGGCUGCCAGUGGAUUACAGAGAAACACUCUCAAUAUUGACAAAUUGAAAAUAGAAACUGCUCAGGAGUUAAAGAAUGCUGAAAUAGCUUUAAGAACCCAGAAAACACCACCUGGACUCCAACAUGAAAAUGCAGCUCCUGCUGACUACUUCAGAAUCUUGGUUCAGCAGUUUGAGGUACAGCUUCAGCAAUACAGACAGCAGAUUGAAGAACUAGAAAACCAUCUUGCCACUCAAGCAAAUAAUUCACACAUAGCUCCUCAAGAUUUGUCAAUGGCUAUGCAGAAAAUUUAUCAGACAUUUGUAGCUUUAGCUGCACAACUUCAGUCUAUUCAUGAAAAUGUAAAGGUGCUCAAGGAACAGUACCUUGGCUACAGAAAGAUGUUCUUGGGAGAUGCUGUAGAUGUGUUUGAAGCCAGGCGAGCAGAAGUCAAGAAGUGGCAGAAUGCCCCCAGAGUUACUACUGGACCCACCCCUUUCAGCACCAUUCCAAAUGCAGCAGCCGUAGCCAUGGCUGCAACACUUACACAGCAGCAACAGCCUGCUACAGGGCCACAGCCAUCUCUGGGAGUUAGUUUUGGAACGCCAUUCGGCUCAGGUAUUGGCACUGGCUUGCAAUCAAGUGGCUUAGGUUCUUCAAACCUUGGAGGAUUUGGAACUAGCUCUGGUUUUGGAUGCAGCACCACAGGGGCCUCCACAUUUGGAUUUGGAACAACAAAUAAACCCUCAGGAAGUCUUAGUGCAGGCUUUGGCAGCUCAAGUACAUCUGGGUUUAACUUCAGCAAUCCUGGCAUCACGGCAUCAGCUGGUUUGACAUUUGGGGUGUCCAAUCCUGCCUCUGCAGGGUUUGGAACCGGAGGACAACUCCUUCAGUUGAAGAAACCUCCAGCUGGAAACAAAAGAGGAAAAAGAUAAACAUAUGGGUAGAUGUGUUCAGAGAAUCCAUUGCACCGUCAUUUAUUCUGAGUCUAUUUUUCUAAAAUUGAUGCAGUAAUUUAAUUGCAUACCAAGAUAUUUCUAAAAGUUUUGAUAUUUUUCCCUACUCUGGAAUUUUAACUUCGUUCUGAUUUGCCCUGUUAAACUUUUUUCUUGUGAAUUUGAAACCCAGUUGUAUAUUUUUCUUUAUUUUGAUUCUCAGUAUACGAAAUGUUCUGAUUACAUCGCUGGUUGGUAACACCUAUUUAACCUAGUGUUAAUAGCAAUGUUUUUGUUGAUACAGUUUACAUCAUGUGAAUAUAUGCACAUGUGUUUCUUAUAUAGGUGGUAUGAACUCUAGGACCGAAUCAGUUGGUUUCUUGAUAAAGGUCUUUUAAACUACACUGCAGGGCAUCUUGUGAAUAUGUAUAUAAAUAUAUACAGAAUACACACAAUUGUGUGUGCAUAUAAAAUAUAUAUUUACAGACCUACAACUUUUGCCUCAGACUGUUCCCCUUUUCUAAGGGUAUUCCAUUUUUCACCUUUGCAGCUUCAAAUUCUCAGUGCUUGUAGAAUGAUGAGCUAGAGGUGUCAGGUCAUUGCGGUUAUUUGCUUAAAGACUUACUGAAAUGGGUACUGUUGUAAAUAUUUGACCUGCUCAAAGCCCCUAGUCUUCUCCAUACUCGUUUCCCACCUUAACCUUUAGCCGCUCCCUAGAUGAGGAAUGCUGUGAAAUUUGUUGAACAGGUUUUAACAGAUUUUAUUAUCCUACAUGUCCUCAUAUUGCUAUGAGAUGUUUUUUCAUAUCUGAGAUGAACCUUCAAGAGCAUAUUUGAACUCCAGACUGGUGUUCUGGGAGCAAAGAGCUAUUAAGCCAAAUUGAUUCUAUGCAGGUGAAGGAUGCACUAUGAUUUUAGUGGCAACUUUUGUAGCUAUUCCAAUGCAGAGUUCUUUCCUAUAGGGCUAUUGAUAUUGACACCAAAUGGAGUGGCUCAUCAGCCUCUUAAUGUCUUAAGUAAGUGCUUAAUUUGGAAUAGAGAAACAAUAUAUUUUAAGAAAAAAAAAAGUAUUCUUUGUAGCAACUAUAAACUAUCCCCUGUUUUAACAGCUCCAGGUAAUAAUACAUAGGCGUGUCAGGUUGCAUCUGUGUAAUAUUUGUCUGUAUUAGUACUAGUGACAUAAAGUGGAUGAAAAGAGAACCCUUGGAAAGAGAAUGGCCUUAGCCAUGAUUUCAGACAGAAACCAUUAGGUAGACCUAUGUAUCUUUCAAUUACAGUUUUCAGGCGGGAUGUAAACAUGGAAUUUCAUUAAAAAUAAUUUAAUUUUUAUAUAGAAGGUUUUGUACAUACUGUGCAUCAAGCGAAUAUUUUCAGAAGCAUUUUACCAAGGUACCUUUUUUCUAAAAUAGAUACUACGUAAAUAUGUGUGUGUAUACACACAUGCAUGCACACACAAACACAAACUUGUAGUAGAAUGUUGGGUUUGAUUAUAAAAGUGUUGUCAAAUCUGUUUUAUUUAUCUGCAUAUAGCAAUGAUUGGCUUUUUGGAACUGAAAUUUUUGCACCUUGAUGCAUUAAAAUAAGGAAAAUGCUUUGUUUCUAAGCUCUGAAGCUGUUUUUAUUUUUGCACACUUCUCUAAUACUGCAAUCCCCAGAACCAGGUUUUAAGGGAGGUUAGGGAAACGUGAUUUUGUGUUUUGAAUUACUUUCAGAAUUAAAUACGCAAUUAGAACAAACUUUUUUAAAAAAAGGAUAUUGCAUUUUACUGCAAAAAUCUAAAUAUUUACAUUUGUUUUUUUCUUCAUAUAUUUUACGUUUUAAUGUGCUGAACCACUGGAAAUUUGUAACAGAUCAGUUUAUGAUAGGAGUUUAAACAUGUCAUUGUCUCCAUUGUCUUCACUUUGUCCAGAGCCUGUCAUUGAGUAAACAAUAAAAUUUAUUGUGUCAGUUGCUUUAAAUCUUUGUAGGUGUUAGUAGUUGUUCUUAACAUGUAAUUUUCUCAUUGUUGCUCUUUUAUUCUCUUUGGUCGGUUUUUAGAGUUUUCACAGAUUUGUACAUCUUGCCUUAAAAAUGUACUAAUAAAGACUGAAUACAGAAAGUAAGUUUGAGUAAAAAGUAAAAGUCCCCUUCAACCCCGAGGUCCUAAUUCCACUUUCUUCCCCAGAGUAUUCACUCACUCCUUAAUGGUUUGGUAUAUAUUCUUUUAGACUCUUUUUUAAAAAAAUACUUUUUUUCAACAUGUUAUUGUUCUAUUUCUCUUUUUUCCUCUCUCAUUUUCUUAUUCUCUUAGAUUCUUUUUCUUUUUUAACAAAUGGGUUAAAAAUCUAUGUAUUCUGUGACUUGCUUUUUUCCCCUUUUAAUGCUAUAUCAUAAACUUUUUUUCAUGUCAGUCCUUGCAGAUUUGUUUUUUAUGUACUAUUCUGUAGCAUAGAUAUAGAAUAAUUUAUUCCAACUAAUACCUGUUGGUAGGCAGUUAGGUUCUUUCCAGUAUCCUAUAUAAUAAAAGGCUAAUAUGCAAAUAGACCCAACGACAGAACAACCGGUUGCUAUGAUGUGCACUGACCACCAGGGGGCAAAUGCUCAACGCAGGAGCUGCCCCCUGGUGGUUAGUGUGCCAGAAACCAGGCUGACAAGUGCAGUGGUGGUGGCGGGAGCCUCCCAUCUCCAGGGCAGUCGGACAUCCCCAAGGGCUCUCGGACUGCAAGAGGGCACAGGCCGGGCUGAGGGGACACUCCCCUCCUCCCAGUGCUCAAAUUUCGUGCACUGGGCCUCUAGUUUCAAUAUAAUAGAAAAGGCUGCAGUGAAUAUCCUUGUACCUGGUUCUUUAUGCUUAUAUUUAGUGUGUCUUUGGGAUUGAUUCCAGAAGAGGAAUUUCUGAGAGGGCAUACAAAUUAUAUGUCUUAAUGUCAGAUUGCCUUCCAAAAAUGCUAUCUAAAUAUAUACCUCUGCAGUUUGUAUGAGCACCCAUUUUCCAGCAAGCUCUAAAUGAUAUUAUUAAUCUUAAGUACUUGUGAGGUUAAACUUUUUAAUACAUAAAUAUUUUUCACUUGCAUGUUAAUAUCCUUUGUCCAUUUUUAUACGAGGUUAUUUAGAAAGUUUUUUUUUAAUGAUUUGUAGGAUCUCUGCAGAUAAUGGAUGUUAAUAUUUUUCUUGUGAGAAUGGUUUGACUCCUGAAAUCAUUAGGGUUCAGAUCCCUGUUGUGACCCUAUAAAAUCUUGGGCAAGUUACUUAACUUUUCUAGACCCCAGCUUCAUCAUCUGAUAAAGGGCUAAUAAAGAUGGGUGGUUAUAUUAAUAACUAGAGGCCUGGUGCACGAAUUUGUGCACGGGUGGAGUCCAGUCGACCUGCCCUGAUUGGGGCCGAUAAGGAGAGGAUAUGGGAGGUCAAUCAGGGUGGAGGGCCCAUUGGUGGGAGCAGGGUCGGCUGGGGGGAGGGGCUGUGGGUGGUUGGUGGGCCGGCCCCGCCCCGCCCACCUGGUCAAACUCCUGAUUUAGGGGACAAUUUGCAUAUUACCCUUCUAUUUUAUAGGAUAGGAUAUCAUCUUAUUUGAAGCAUUUGCAUAGCAUAAGCCUUGGACACUUUGCAAGCGGUUACUAUUCCUGCACCAAUACCCCACAGCUUUAAUUAUUGAGGCUGAUGCUUUAUUUUGGUACCUGAUAAGAAAAGCCACCGUAUCUUAAUUUUGGUGUGUGUGUACAUGGGGGUGGGGUGGGGUGCAUGUCUAUUUCAGGACACUUACUCUUUUAAGAUGACCUGUUAAGUUUUUUCUUAAAAUUCUAUUGGGAUUUUGACUGGAUUUAUAUAAAUAAAAUGUUAUACUCUUGGGAGAACUGCAGCAUGCUAUAUGCAAUUAUUGAAUCUUUUAUUAGUUCAGCAAGGUUUUACAAAAUUUAUUAGAUUCUUGGUUAAUUGUUUUUCCUAUUAACAUCUUGUUUAAUUUCAAUGUGGUUGGUACAAGGUUGUUUGCGUUAUUAUGAAUACAGAUUAACUUAUUUUGUGAUAAUAUAGUAAGGUCAUGUUAAUGUCCUACUGGCUUCAAAUAGUAUUUUUUGCAACAAGGAAAAUUGAAUAGUGCCUUUAGAAGUGUUGUAGUGGGGUUUUUGUGUGUGUUAUAGGAAGUGGGCCUCUUUGAUCCAUCUCCAGCAUGGUCUGCUUUUGAUGAAAACGGUUGCUGAAUUUCCCCAGGGCAAACAGAAUGUAGGGAGGAGGGAAGAGGAUCUAAGAGCAAAGAACUGUGGAUGUGGGCCAGCAUCAUGGUGGGAACUAGAAAAGGCCUCAGCCCAAUUUUUUAAAAUGGCCAAAGGUGACAAUAAGACCUAGGCAACUUAUGAGGAAACAGGUGACCCCAUAGUACUCAGCCAAUGAGGAACCGGGGGAGGGAGUGAAUAAAUGGGCUGUGCUUGCUGCCCCAGGUGUGCCUGUACAUUUGGACGGGCACUCGCUCUCGAGAGCGUAUUAAAAGUCUCGUUUUCGCCAUA